AUGUCCCAACUGUGCCCGGCCGCCGCCGCAUUCGGAGCCCGAAAGGGGGAAAGGGAAGAAUGGAGACGGAGCGGGGCGCUGGGGGCGGCGGCAGCAGUCGAGGCAGCGGCAGGAGGCAGCGGAGAGGAGUCACGGCGGCGGCCCCCUGAUUCUCCCGCGGGCACCGAGAGAGGGAGGGGGCUGCGUGCGGGGAACCCCCUUCCCCGCUCGACCAAGACGGUAAGGGGGCUUCCCUCUGGUGGAGCAGGCUGAGCCCUUCCACCUGCCCCUCCCGCCCCGUUCGGCGUUACUUCGCAGCUUUCUGGCUCCUUCUCUUCUUUCUUUAAAGGGGAUUUUUUGCAGAAGUUGCGCAGGGAUUUUAGAGGGGGCGGCUUUCCCGGGGGAAUCCUGAAGUUAUUCUUUAAAAGAGAAAGAAAAAGGCAUUCACGCGACGCGAUUUAUUAUUCCGGGAAGGGAAAGAGGCCGGGAGGGAGCUGGGCAGUCGGCGGAAGAGAGCGGCUCUUCUUGGAAGGAGAGCGGGGGAGUUCCUCAGAGGGAGCAGCGGAGGGCAGCUGCUUUGGCCAAGAAGCGGAAAGUGGCCGCCUACUCGACGGCGUGUGCUAAGGACACGGGCCGUGCGGGGGGGGGGGAGGGCUUGGCAAGCCAGCAAAGCCAGGGCUGGGCGAAGAUGCCGUUGUGAGGAGGGAGCCCUGUGGGCCCAGACCUCGGGGGCUCGACGGAGGAAGGCGGCCCGCGAAAGCAUCAUCUUCCCGUUUUCGAGGCUGCUCGGGACCAAAUCCCCGCGCUGGAUGGUGGCUGCCGGCAGCCCCAGAGGCGGCUGGGGUGGAGAAAGUGGUAUCUGUGGCAACAGGAUUUGCAGGCAAGCCGAGGGAGGGUUGGGAUUCUGGCCCGCCGCUUCCCUUUUGCUUUGCUCAGUGGAGCGCUAGUUGCUGACCAGGGGGCCUCGUCGGCUAAAACUUAAGGUUUUUAGAGGGUGUUGCGCAGCAUGCAGAAGAGGAAGAGCGAGCGUGUCUGGAUUACUUGACGUGCCCUUGUAUCUGGAUUUAGGGGCUGAACUGGCCGUGGUGUCAACCGCUGGCGUUUCCACACGGUCCCCUAUGGGAGCGUUUACACGCCCAGGUAAGCCCGUUCGUGUGUGUAGCGUUAGCUCGUCCAGGGAGAGGUGGCUCGGGCAGUUGAGCCGACGGCGGCGUGUUAAUUUCUACACGCGAAUGGGGCUUCUUCCGCGGUAAAGGGACGGUCGGAAGAGAUGCGGAACAAGAUGGGCAAUAUUUUAACCCGUUGCAAGUCUUAAGGUCCCAGCCUUUACGCAGGGGAGGGGCGUGUGCGCGUCCGCUCCUUUAAAAAAAAAAAAUCAAAUGUGGGAUUUUGUUGUCUCCUUUCGGUGUAGAACAGGGCAAUUUCUAAUUCGCCGCGCGAGCCCGGGUUUCAUUAUAAUUAUUAUUUCGAAUUAAGCCGUGCGGCGCGCAAGAGCGUGGUUAUUUUAUUAUUUUUUUGAGGAUGUGGCGCGGAAGGGACAGGAGACGGGGCUUUCCUGCCCGGUCCUGUGCGCGAUUCCUCGGAGGUUCCGCGGGGCUUGGCGCUCCAGGAGCGGCCGAGCGACCUUCGCCUCUUCCUCUUGCCCAGCGCCGCACCUCCCGUGGGCUGUGGAAGCGGGGAGGAAAGGGGGGAGGAUUGCGCUUCCACUUAAAGCCUUUCCAGAGAGGCCUUUGCACGGGCGCGGGGGGGGGGGGAGUCGCCGUGAGCCUGUGCGCGCCCGGCCGCUGUCGCGCUCGCCCUCUGCUACAGCGCGGCGCUCCCUUUGCUUUUGCUCGAGGCCUCUCGCGGCUCCCCGGCCGGAAGAAACGAGCAAACUUUUCCCCCAGCCCUUGGAAGUCGGACGGCGCUGCGCGGAGGGGAGUGGCGCCUUGGCCGCUUGCUCGAGUCCCAGUUCUGGGCCGGGGGAAAUCUUGGAGCGGUUGCCUCCGUCGCCCAUCCCUUAUGCCCGGGCCUCGCCUUCCCGGCUUCUCCUCACCCGCUUUGGAGUAGAUAUUGGUGACCGUGUGACAGCUGAGCCCAGCCGCAGGACCUUCCUUCCUUGCUUUCCCAACCCCGGCCCCUCUGUCUUGGAGAAGGGCCCUGCAACCUCUCCUCAGUGUGGGCUUGAGGGCCGCGACUGGGGCUGAAGUUUGAAGCGGGAAAAGGUUGGGACUUGCUCUGGGCGCCAAAGCAGAUCUCCAAUGUUUGCAUUGCUCCUGGGCCUUCACAGGAGAAUCUUGUGCAUGGUUUGGGGAAAAGUGGAUAGAGAUGUUUUUCUUUGGGGCGGGCUCACCAGGUGAGGCAGUCGCCUCAGGUGGCAUGGUCUACAGCGGAAGCACAUCGCAAUGUCCAUCUAUCUCCUCCUUUUGCUGAUGUAGAUCUUCCCUCACGCAUUCCUGGGUGGGGAGGGGGCCCUUUGUCAUUUUGGGGGUCUGCCAGAUGCCAAAAUAUCUUCCUUUUUUCUACCUCAUAAUAUUAGAACUCCCCACCCCGUCAUCCAGUGAAGCUGAAGGGUGGGAGGGAAAUUCAGGAUAGCUCCAAAGGAAGCCGUUCCUCACACAGCAUAUAACUGAGCCGUAGAAAAUGCUAUAACCAGAUGUAUGGAUGGCCACCAAUUCGGAUGACUUUAGAAGGGGAAGAGGCAUAUUCAUAUUCUAUAAGGCUCUCGGUGGCUACUAGUCAUAGUGACUGUGGAUGCUUCCAAAUACCAAUUGCUAGAGGUCACAAGCAAGAGUGCUGUUGUGCUUAUGUCCUGCUUGUGAGUUCCUAUGGGCAACUGGUUGGAUAUUGGGAGAGCAAAAUGCAAGGCUAGAUAUGCCUUUGGUCUGAGCCAGCGGUGCUCUUCUUACAUUCUUAGAACAUUUUCACAAAUGACAUUUUAUUGCUGCAGUUUCUACCACAGAUGUAAAUCCGAUAUUGCUGUGAGAAAUUUGGCUUUAAAAUUGACAGUCUUUUACUUUCCAUUCCACAUUAGUUAGCAGGAGAGAGGACCAGAGAAGAGGUUCCUUUGCAGAUUUUUGAGAGCGAGACAUCACUGUGUGCUAGAAGUUGAAGGGGGACCUAGCUUCAUCAGGUCAGGUGACUAGCUAUGGAGACAUGGGUGGUAGGAAGCAGUUGAUGGCUUGGGUCUAUUUCUUUCUGGCAGAUGCAUUUUCAGACAAUCAUUUUCUUUCCUUAUAUCUUUCACCACCACUUUUUCUCCCAAGUUACGAGGAUGUUAGUAGUUUCAGAGGACUCUUAUCAUUCUUAUAGAGCACUCUGGGAGUUCUCACUUGAAACAGACAAGCAAAAUGCUGCUGAUAAUAUUUUCAUCUCUUGUGAAGGCUCUCUAGGAAAGCUCAGUCCAUGAUAACUAUCUUAGGCAGAAUGCAUAAAGAAAGCUAAUUCUUCCGCAGUUUCAGUUGUUCUUUAUGCAGAGUUCUGCGCAACUUGAAAGUUACACAAUUAGCAGUUUGUUCAGCAAAAAAAAAUUGGUUGUUUUGCAGAAUUGUAGCAAUUGUUAUUAUGUGGGAUAUUAAGCAGUGCUGAAUUGUUCUUUAAAAAAGUGAGAUUCAUUAUGCUCUGUGAAGUUCCGUAAUAAAGGAACUUUUGACAGCUGCAAUUUGUAUAGGCAUUUCUAUACUGCAGGUUUAUUUGUGUUUGCAAUGUUGUGUUGCAUAGCUUGGGGUGCAUAUAGCUGAUAUUUCCAGGGUUUCCAUGUUAAGAGCAUAUGCUGCAUCUGUGGGCAGAUUAUCCUGGGCCAAAUGGGAUGUCUUUAGGGACAUGUGGGAAUGGCUCUCAGCCCAUGAUUCUGCAUUUGUUUGUACAUAUUGAGGUCACGCUGGGACAACUGGGCUCUUGCUUUUCUCUUUUUCAUCUGAGCUCUCACGAGAAUUGUGUAAUCCUCUUCUUAUUCCACAUGUCUAGCAUACUAGUGACUAUAGCGUAGGAGCAAUUGGUGUCAUGGGUAACUCGUCUGGCAAAACAUUGCUGUGUUGCACAAUUGAACGGCAUAUUGAUGGAGAUGGGGAUUGAGGGUGUUGAAAAAGACCAACUACGUGGAAAUGAAGUCACCGGGGUAUGUAUGUGCCUCACCUUUUUAAACCAGGGAAGUGGAUCAGACAGGUAACAAAGACCAGCAGUCUCUUCCUAUUCUGCAUAACCAGAACAAUGGGAUCUGUCUGUGCUGUGUCCUAGUCAUCAUCUGUACAUUCACCACAGACAAGCAAAUCUCCCUUUACACACAGCGUGUUUCAGUUUUGCGUUGGACUGGAAACUGUAGAAUUCCCCAUGCAGACAGUCCUUACUGAACCCUUUAUCUUUUUUGGGCUGCAAUUGCUCACCAACCCAUGCUUCAUUCCCAAGCGUGGUAGACUGAAUUCCCCACCUAUCACUGCCUAUCUCCUCUAUAGCACUAUUUGGUUGGCUUUCUGUUUGCUGUACGCUGAUGGUGUAAUAAUAAUAAUAAUAAUAAUAAUAAUACUGUAGCAUCAGGCAGUACUUUUCUUGCCCCUUUUAUCACCUCUGCUGUUCUUGAGCAGAAGAUGCUAGUACAAAAAAAAGUGGUAGGACUUUUCUAUGGUUCACCAGAGGACCAUCGCUGGUGCGUGUGUGUGAUAGAACCAUAUAGACAGAAUUCUUUGAUAAAUGCAAUAACUCCACAUCACAGAAAUCUAGCGAGAACUUUACAGUACGUCCACUGAGUUGUAAGAAGCAGAAGAGUGCUAGUCUUUUUUAUGGCCAUUGUAAAACAUCCAGUGUUUAAUUCCACACCCCAAGCGAGAAGGUCAUGUGCCUGGAUUUACCUCUUUGUUCCCCAAUAUUAAUCUGCUGCAAAUAAGUUAUUAAAGCUUGGAGACACCCAAAUGAUAUUGGAGCUCAUUUGUGUGUCAAGGACAGUGCAUGCAAUUUGAUGUGUAAUUUGAGGGAGAGUCACUGCCCUGAAGAGCUUAACGUCUAGACUAAUAAGAUUGACAGAUAGCUAAUCUAUGCUCGAGUAAAAGUGCAUAGAGCACCAGAAUAAUCUGUUCAUAUUCUCCAGUGCUUGAAAUCCCUGCAGCUAUUGGCAGAGGAAGGGGGACUUUCCCCUUUGUCUCAUCUCACUGCUCGGGAAUCUGGAAUCAUAGUUGGACAAAAUAUGCCUCCUCUCCCAUGCAGAGCCAUAUUUUACUCCCACUCUCAGAGGUCUUGGAUGGAAGAAAAAUUACUUAAUCUUGUUUUGCACACUCCUUUUAGAAACUUGGGUUAUGGUAUUUCUGAGGUGCCUGAGAAAUUUGGCUGCAGGAAAAUCUGACUUUGGAAACUGCUAUGGCCUGAUUUAUGCAAGCAGCAGGGUGGCAUCUCUUUGGAAAUGCACAUGCGUUUGCCGUGCUGUUGCAACCCCACUUUCAGGCAUUUUGCUGUAGGAUGGCAAAAGUCUAUAGAAUUGCAUGGUGAGCCUUCUUACACAGAACAUGGAGCAGCCUCCACUCAGUGAGAAACAACCAUGCUGCCGCUUGUGUCAGUUCUGAGAAGUGUUCCAGUGUUUUGCCAACUCUGAACAUCUCCGCACAUGCUUUUCAAAAAAGUGAGGGGCAGGUGAUCUGUAUUCCGGACAAAGGCCUUGUUUUAAGGAAUGUGACCCUUUCGUUGUUAGCCAUAAAGUGCAUGAGUGCAGUUAGCAGUGUUUCACUGAUACCUGUUCGUUGCCUGUUUGCACUGAAAAUGUAGGAGGUCAUGGCACACGACAGAUGCAGAUGGAGUGUUGGUAUCUAGGUUUUGCUUUGUUCCCUCGUUCCUAGUUAUGUGAGAACUCAAGUUUAUGGUUCAGUUUGAAUGCUGCAGUCUGAAGCAUGAGUGUGGGAAACAGCCUGUGGAGAUAUAUACAUUGAAGCUAGGAUGCAAGGAAUAUGUAUGCGUUGUAGAAUGUGUUGUGCAUUCUCUGCAACUUCAGGUUCUUCUCGCUGUCAAACGCAACCGUUCUGCUCUUUAAACAGAAGCUAAAGCAAUGGCUGCAGUGGCAAAUGAAAGUUUCAUCCACAUGCAUGGUUCUCCUUUCUGUUUCUUCUUUAGAUUAUCUGCACAGUUUACUGUUCCCUCACUUGCUCAUCUCAACCUUUUGGGAUCCUAGCCCAAGUACGAACCUAUUCAGGAGAAUUUGCCUGUUCCUUGAAGGUUACUGCACCCCUAUCUGUAAUGUUGUGGGCCAGGAAAAGAUAACAGGAGUGUGAUAUGGCAUUAUUUCAGUAGCUGCAUCAGCAUUCCUUUGUAAAGCCUGCAGUUCCUGGUUAUUCCAUUCAGGGAAAGGAGAAGGAACAGCCUAUAUCCCAACAAGGCCCCCCAAAACCUGUGCAGAUGAGCCUUAAAAGAAAUAUAUAUUAAAAAAAGGAGAAACAGUUUGAAAAAUAAGAAAUCAAAUAUUCGAGGAGCCCCAAGGGGAUCAAAAUUGCAUGUUAAUAAAACCCACACUUGAAUGUAAGCAGCGAUACUUUUCAAAGGAAGAAUGGAUGAAGUUGGCACCUUCUUGUAAAUGUAAAAAACUGAUGGGGAGACACUUUGCUCUUUGGUGGUGAGCUUUGCUUUUGGUCUGUAGUAAAGCCCCAGUGGAAUCUGGUUUGGAUUUUGAAUGUGGGUUAAGUUUCUAGUUGCUGCGCUAUUUUCAUUCACUGCAGGUAUUUGAUUAAUGUUAUUUCGGUGCCAGUUUCCAUUCAGAUGAAUCCCAAAGCGACUUACAAGUAAUAAACAACGGCAACAUAGUGAAACGUAACAGAACAUCACAAAUGCAGCAUAUAAGUCAUAUGAAAUAAUUAACAAAUCAUCAGUAAAACCGAAUAUUUCACUCUCUUCAGGUUAAUUCAAUCCCCUUUUUCAACCUUCUUUUCCCUUUCACCUUGAUUCCUUUUCCAUAUCCUGUCCAAAUAUUUUGAGAAAUAUUUUUUUUGGGGGGGGAUAAAUAAAUACAUUGGAGCUAAAAUACUAACAAAAUGAAAAUACAUUGCUGCCAGUAAAAACACUGAUGCAAAAUACCAAGCCAUGGGGGAUAGACAAUCGCCUUCUGUAUAGGGGCAUGUCCCUGCCUCUGUUGGCAUCAUCUUGAAGACUGUCUGUUUGCAUGUGGCUCUGGAGAGUGAAGAAACCCACGAACAGUUUUAUCACGCCUACCCUGCUGAUCAUGCCGUUUUGGGCUCUCCUCCAGAGGAAUGUGGACUGUUUGCACCAGCUGUGUGUGCUAGAGCCAGUUUUGCCUCUGUGUUGAUGGAAGGCUUGUCCUCGGCACAAGUUUUCAUGUACAGUAUAUACUUCUGUUCCUCCCCCUCUUCCCUGCUCCCCCACCUUUUCUGGAGAUUGCUUUUUCCUGUUUUAUAAAGAAAGUAGUUCGGUGGUAGGGAAUGUGAUCAAAAUCUAAAUCCUAAGCACAAUUGCUUGAAAGCAGUAAAGUUCUAUAUACAUUUGUUUAGGAUUUAGGGGAGUGGAACCUCAGGAAUCAAAUGAGCCCACACUGUCUGGUCCUCAGAACUCUCCCCAGGACCUUGCAGAGCCUGCUGGGCAACACCACGUUCUUUUUUUUUUACUUAUCCUCUGGCUCCACUUACCACUGGCAUAUGGCCCUUGGAAGGGUAUUCAGGAGGGAAUGAGACCCUCCAAAAAGGUCUCCCACUUUAAAUAAUGCACACAAUAUUUAGAAAAUUCUCAUAUGUGCAUGCUGUUGAAAUGAAUGGGAAUUGUACGAGAGCUCAGAAACAGCAGAAUCAUAGAAUUGCAGAGUUGGAAGGGACCAUGAGGGCCACCUGGUCCAAAGCCUUUGCAUUGCAGGAAUCUUUUGCCCAGCGUGGGGUUCAAACCCACAACCAUGAGAUUAAGACCUACCAACUAAGCUAGAAACAUAUUGUUUGUAGCUAAUUUGUCCCCAGAAGAGCAAAGAGACUUGGGCUAGGUACAAACCAUACAUUUAAAGCACAUGCACGUACCCAAUUAAUCCCGGGAACUGUAGUUUAUUCCCCCACAGAGCUAAGAACUGCCUUUUUAAUGAGCUAAUAUAUUUGUGUUGAGAUGUGCACCAGUCUGUUAUGUGUAAGAAGGGUCAGGGACAAAGCCCAUAAGAACGCAGGAGCCUUCUGGAUCAAGCCAAUGCCCCAUCUAUUUCAGCAUCCUGGCCUCUCUGUGGCCACCCAGAUUAUUAGAAAUUGAUUUAGCGUUGCCAUUACCCCAGGCACAUCUCUUCUGCCGUUUCCCCCUUGUGCCUCCCUUCACCUGCUUUUGACUCAAGCAGCAAGAGUUUGGCUGGUACAGUUUAGCUGGCAUAGUUGCGCCACCCCGAAUUACUGCAUCAAUGAAAAAUCUCCUGAAUGUUUACUGGAAUUCUUGAGCACGUCUAAUGGCAAGAUUACAAUUUAAAUAAUAUAGGCUGCCUUUUCCAGUUAAGACUCUGCCAGAGUGGCUUGCGAUACCGUACCAACAAACCGAUGUGAACAUUAAGCCCGGCACAAUAAUAAAAUGCUCGUUAUUAAAACAAUCCAUGGUAUGCUUUACGAUCCACACAAACACACCAGUAAUGCAUACACAUUCCUGCAAAAGUAAAUGAAGCCGCCUUUUCAGUUAAAUAUAUCAGUUUCUAUUUACCAAUAAAAAUUCUUGGCCAUAAUGGACAGAGACUGUUCCAAGUCUCCUCAUAAAUGGCAUAGGUCAUCAUUCUUAGAUUUAUUUGUUUGUUAUUUAGAUAUUUAUAAACCUCACUUUCCUAAGAAAUGUAACAAGGCACUGUACAACAGAAAUGACAAGAUCUCUAUGGAUUGUGGCUAACGGUCUCUUGUAUCUGGCUUCAGAAACUGGUCGUGGGAGGACACUGAGGCUGUGGAAUAACUGGUAAUGUCUCCACAGCCUCAGUGGUUGAGGGUGGAGUGUAAGGAAUCAGGGGACCUGUGAGGUAAUUGGGGGCCCAAGUUGUUCAGAGCGUCAUAAGUUGAAUAUUACCAAGUGCACAUGUGUUUCUGAUAACACACUACGGACAACAUGUAAAUGUGUGUCAUCAUGGAGGCACAGUUUUUCCAGUGCAGUUGUGCAGCAGUCCUCUUGCUUUUUUUGUUGCUCUGCAGACCUUAGAGAUGGGCUCUAAAGUUUCUCAGUAAAACUUGUAAAUUGUGUGUGUGUGCGCGUGCGCAUUUGUAAACACAGUGAUUCCAUUCUGGAAGUUCUCCUGUCAUUGCCAAAUGCUGACAAUUAUUAUUUGUUACUCCAAAAAGCUCAGAGCAGCAUACAUGAGAUAAAUCCAGGUUUUAUAUUCCCAUGCACUCUGCUAAAUUCUAAUAAGAGUAACUUGCAUGGCACAGCCUUGCAUGGGUGUUUUGACUCCUUGAUCCAGAACUAGCAGUCUGUUCACUGAGUACAGUUUUUUUUACCUCAUUUCCUCUAUUAUUGUUUCGUUAUGCAUUAAAUUUGUUAGUGGCUUUAUCUUGCCCAGGGCAACCCAAAGUGACUUACAGCUAAAUCUCUAGAACUCUCUCCUCAUUGAGUCUCCCAGACGCCCAGUGCUCUUCAGGAAAAAGUUUUAAGAGCUUCUGGGGAAAGCGUUUUGUUUAUUGUUGGAUUGAUUUAGUAUAAAACUUCCUGGACAGUUUUAAUUAUGACAUAUUUCCAUAUUCUGCAUGCUCUUAAUCUUAUCUUUGUUCACCAUUUUGGAUUUCACAAGCAAAGCAGCAAUGUGGAAUAUAAUAACAUACCAGACUGACUCUUGGGAAGAAUUCUUUUGAUAAAGAAGAAGAGAACUGCAUGACUAUAUCUGUGUUCUGCUUUCUUCCAGAUACUAAAUAGCAGCGAGAUGGAAGUUUCGGGGUUCCCCUCUGUGUACAGAAAUUCUGAAAACUCUGAACUGAAGAAGCUUGAAAGUGGCACCUGCUCCUUGAGACUUAUGUAG